CGGAACUAGACCAUUUUCGGGCGAAAAGCAAAACAUUCGGGGGUGGUGGAUUGAGUGACUCAGUCUGCUGUAACGUUACGCCGACCUGCUGGAGUGGUUUCAUAAACUACGCCGUAUAAGUCGACUGUUAUACCCGGGGUUUGGCACGAUGCUGAGCGCCGCCGCAGCGGAAAGGAACAAGGAGCCCAUCCUGGCGGUGCUCCGGGAUAGUGUGCACACCGGGAGACCCCUGCUGGCUCUGGAGAUCUCCUCCGGUACUGGGCAGCAUGUCACACACUUUGCUCAGGCCCUGCCGAAUAUAACCUGGCAGCCAUCUGAGUAUGAUCGCCAGUCUAUAGUCAGUAUAGAAGCAUAUAGAGCCCGCUAUCGGCUGAACAAUGUGAAGCCUGCCAUCCACCUGGAUGCUUCUCUGCCCUAUCAAUACUGGGGAGGAAUCCAGCCAGAGAGCCUCGACCUGGUGCUCAACAUCAACAUGAUCCAUAUUUCUCCUUUGGCUUGUACAGAGGGUUUAUUCAAAGGGGCUGGAGUAAUGUUGAAACCUCAGGGCCUUCUACUGACUUAUGGGCCGUAUGCAGUGAAUGGUCAGAUCGUCCCUCAAAGCAAUGUGGACUUUGACUACAGCCUACGGCAGAGAAACCCAGAAUGGGGACUCAGGGAUAUCUCGCUCCUCAAUUCUCUGGCACAAAGCAAUGGUUUGUACCUGGAGAGAAUAGUGGACAUGCCAGCAAACAACAAAUGUCUUCUUUUCAGGAAGGAAAGUUUGGUGUGAAGCAUCCUGAUACAGGAUGGUCAAAAUGCCUUAACUUGGAGCUCAGAUACAUUGCCAAAUUUUCAAGAGCCGUAAACGGAUCAUGUUUUCUCCACAUUUUAACACAUGCUGGUAUUAGAUUAACUAAGUUAAUGUAAACUGUUGUGCUCAAACCUAUAACCUAUAUUCUUAUGUAUUGCACAUGAGUUAAAUUAAUAAAUCUCAAAAACA